AUGUGCCUGAGCCACAGGCACCUGCCAGGCCUAGAAGCUUCCACGCUGAGCCUGGGCGAGCACCUGCGCAUCUGCCCCCAGGGCUACACCUGCUGCACCAGCGAAAUGGAGGAGAACCUGGCCAACCGCAGCCGAGCCGAGCUGGAGAGCGCACUGCACGACACCAGCCUGGCCCUGCAGGCCACCCUGGCUGCCCAGCUCCGCGGCGUGGACGACCACUUCCAGCAGCUACUGAACGAGUCGGAGCGCAGCCUGCAGGACGCCUUCCCCGGGGCCUUCGGGGAGCUGUACACGCAGAAUGCCGCUGCCUUCCGGGACCUGUACGCAGAGCUGCGCCUCUACUACCGGGGCGCCAAGCUGCACCUGGAGGAGACGCUGGCCGAGUUCUGGGCGCGGCUGCUGGAGCGCCUCUUCAGACAGCUGCACCCCGGGCUGCUGCUGGCCGAUGACUACCUGGACUGCCUGGGCAAGCAGGCCGAGGCCCUGCGGCCCUUCGGGGACGCCCCACGGGACCUGCGCCUCAGGGCCACCCGCGCCUUCGUGGCUGCCCGCGCCUUCGUGCAGGGCCUGGGCGUGGCCGGCGAUGUGGUCCAGAAGGUGGCCCAGGUGCCUCUGGGCCCAGAGUGUUCCCGGGCCGUCAUGAAGCUGGUCUACUGCGCCCACUGCCUGGGCGUUCCUGGCGCCCGGCCCUGCCCCGACUAUUGCCGAAACGUGCUGAAGGGCUGCCUUGCCAACCAGGCCGACCUAGACGCCGAGUGGAGGAAUCUUCUGGAUUCCAUGGUGCUCAUCACGGACAAGUUCUGGGGCCCGUCGGGGGCGGACAGCGUCAUCGGCAGUGUGCACGUGUGGCUAGCAGGAGCCAUCAACGCCCUCCAGGACAACAAGGACACACUCACGGCCAAGGUCAUCCAGGGCUGCGGGAACCCCAGAGUCAACCCUCAGAGCCCUGCGGCUGAGAAGCAGCGCUGGGGCAAGCUGGCCCUGCCGGAGAAGCCCCCCACGGGCACGCUGGAGAAGCUGGUGUCUGAGGCCAAAGCUCAGCUCCGCAACAUCCAGGACUUCUGGAUCAGCCUCCCGGGGACCUUGUGCAGCGAGAAGAUGGCCAUGAGCACGGCCAGUGACGGCCGCUGCUGGAACGGGAUGGCCAAGGGGCGGUACCUCCCCGAAGUGAUGGGCGAUGGCCUGGCCAACCAGAUCAACAACCCCGAGGUGGAGGUGGACAUCACCAAGCCGGACAUGACCAUCCGGCAGCAGAUCAUGCAGCUGAAGAUCAUGACCAACCGGCUGCGCGGUGCCUACAGUGGCAACGACGUGGACUUCCAGGACUCCAGCGAUGACAGCAGCGGUUCAGGCAGUGGCGGCGGCUGCCCAGAUGACGUCUGUGGCCGAAGGGUUGGCAAGAAGAGUUCCAGUGCCCGGACGCCCUUGACCCACGCCCUCCCGGGCCUGUCGGAGCGGGAGGGGCGGAAGAUCUCGGGGGCCUGCCGCUGCCAGCCCCGCCCCCUGCUCCUGCUCCUGCUCCCCAGCCUGGUCCUCGCGGUGGCCAGGCCGUGGGGGCGGUAACCGCCCCUCUGCUCUGAGGACUAUGGCCGAGGACUGCCUUUGCC